AAAAUAUUUUUUCUGUUAAAGAAGCGAUAAGUUUUUUAUAUUUAACAUAACACGGCGAUCAUCGCGAACAAUAUUGUCAGUUACUGAAGAUAAGCACGCAAACUAUAAACGUACAAUUUAUAUAUUGAAUAAAUUUUAAAGCUGUCGCCGAGCAAAGUUACGAUAUAGUUACUGAUUGAAGUAAAAUAUCAAAUAUUUUAUGGAAAUGCAACUAUAACCUCCAGGACUUUAGUAUACUUCCAAAUAAGAUUCAUCAUAGAUAGUUGCAUGUACAGAUAUCUUUAUUAAUAUUCAAAAUGGAUCAGAUGCUUCCUAGUCCUGGAUUUAGCAUACCUAGCAUUGGUACACCUCUACAUCAACCAGAGGAAGAUCAACAGAUCUUGCCAAAUGCUAUACAGCAGCAGCAGUCGCAACAAUAUCAGCAACUGCAGCAAUUACACUCGAUGAGUCCCAACAUGCAAAGCGGCAUGUUGAUGCUAACACCACAAAAGAAUAUGCACACGUAUGCUCCAACUCCAACAUUUGCAACGCCACAAAGUCUUAUGCAGCCACAAACGCCGCAAAAUAUGAUGUCUCCAAUUGUACCACAAAAUAAUCAGAUAGCACCACCAUCAAUAGGUCCUGCAACUCCAGGACCAAUGACACCGAUGACACCAGCUUCUGCAGAUCCUGGGAUAUUACCCCAAUUACAGAAUAUUGUAUCUACUGUUAACUUAAAUUGCAAGCUCGAUUUGAAGAAAAUAGCACUUCAUGCUAGAAAUGCCGAAUACAAUCCUAAAAGAUUUGCAGCUGUUAUCAUGCGAAUAAGAGAACCAAGGACUACUGCACUGAUAUUCAGUAGUGGCAAAAUGGUCUGCACUGGGGCCAAGAGUGAAGGAGAUUCACGUCUCGCUGCACGAAAGUACGCGCGAAUUAUCCAAAAAUUAGGUUUUCCUGCAAAGUUCCUAGAUUUUAAGAUUCAGAACAUGGUUGGCAGCUGUGAUGUUAAGUUUCCAAUUAGAUUAGAAGGCUUAGUACUUUCUCACGGACAGUUUUCGUCAUACGAACCAGAGCUAUUUCCAGGUCUAAUUUAUAGGAUGGUCAAACCUCGAAUCGUAUUGCUGAUAUUUGUUUCAGGGAAAGUGGUUUUAACAGGUGCAAAGGUUCGCAAGGAAAUUUAUGAAGCCUUUGACAACAUUUAUCCAAUUCUCAAGAGUUUUAAGAAACAGUGAUAAGCAUAAUGUUGAUUUUUUUGUAUGACUGACUUUAUAUUUCUGAUAUGUUAUAGUUCGUAUUUUUUUAAAUAUAAAAUCACGCAGGGCGAAUGUUAAAUUAUAAUCUUAUUAACACAUUUUUUUCAAAAUUCACAUUCAAUAUAUGGAAUGUUCUAAAUUA